AGAUGAUUUGACUCGAAGUUCUUCAAAGCGGGCAAAAACGAGUUAAAUGUUAUAAAUAUGGUUAAUAGGUUUUUUGAAGGGAUUCAGUUCGUCCUGGAUUCUUCCAGCUUCACGUAUGUCCCGUUUAAGAAGAAGCAAGAACUUCGUAAACAAAUUACCGACAAUGGUGGAAUCAUCUCGUACAUCUUGACCAAGAAGUCAAACUUUGUAUUAACAGCAGAUGGAGAGAAGACUCUAUCAUCUUACAAAGGGAGUACAGCCAUGAAGUAUGGGGUCCCUGUGGUACAUGUGGACUUUAUUGCUGACUGUGUUUUUGCAGGAAUGUACCUCGACCCAACCCCUCAUGUGGUUGGUAAUAGUGUCCAGGAAAAGGAAUUCAGUUCUGGAAAAAUUUCAGCUGGUAAGAAAGCAAAUCAGUUUUUAGAUAACAAGCAAAAACAAGGAAAUAAAAUCAUCAAGGUUGAUUUGAACAAUAUAAGCAUGUGGGUGUAUAAGGAUCCAAAUGGACCUUACUUUCCUGAGAAAGCUUACAAGAUUGCAAAAGACAUGAUAUUGAAAAAAACUGAUGCCAAUGGUGUAAUUACGCAAUUCUUUGCCAUUGAGCUUCAUGUUGUUCCAUCAAGUUUCCCAUGUGAAAGCCCAAGGUACCGGAUAUUCACCCAUCACGGCAGUCUAAACCUACUGAAGCGUAAUGACAAAGAUGACCAUAUCUUCAAGGAAUGCUACUACUCUUAUACUGCUGAGGAGGCCAUGGGGAUAUAUAUGGCUUUACAUGACAAAAUCAGCAGCCCCCCCUACAGCUUUGAAAGGGAGUGGUCACGCUUGUCCUACAAAAUUGGUUCAGACAAGAUGAAGGAACAAUGCAUAGAGGUACAGGAAACCAAUGAUGGUGUUCCACCAAUCCUAGAGGUGACCAGUUUAGUUGACUACCUCUGGAAAGAGGCUGUAGGGUGUCUAUCAGAAACUUUGGCUGUACCUGUUGAAAGCUUGAAACUACAGACAGUACAAGAAGCAGAAGCAGUGCUGGUGUCAAUGAAGGAAUGUUUGGAUAGGAAUAAUCAUGAUGGACAAGAAAUGAGGGAACUGUGGAAGGAGUUUUGUCAUCUCAUACCACAUGAAGAGGAAGAGGUUGUCUUUGAGAAAAGCUUGAUUGCUGAAAAACAGAACCUGUGUCAGCUGAUAAGAGAUAUUGUGACAGUCAGUGAAUCAACCAACAUGUCUAAAAUCAGCAGCCAGAUUGCUAAGUACAGAGCCUUACGGUGCCAUAUUGAACACUUGGAUGAGGGAGAGGAGGAGUUUGUGAAGAUUAAAGAGUCUGUGAUGUCAAGCCUGACUGAUGGCUCAAUCAGAGUUUUGAAUAUUUUUUCCCUUGAUCGCCCAGUGGAAGAAAGUAACUUCACCCAUCACCUUGACAACAAGAAACUUCUUUAUCAUGCAUCAAGAGUCAGUAAUUUUGUGGGAAUCCUUUCAAGAGGUCUUCUCCUUCCCAAGAUUGUUGUAGAUGAUUUUGGUGGCAAAAGAUCAGAUCCAGGAAUGCUUGGGAGUGGUAUCUACUUUGGAAGUUCAGCAAGCACCAGUGCAAAGUACUCAGCACGUGGUUCCAUGGGCUCCAGAUUCAUGCUCAUUAAUGAAGUAGCUUUAGGUAGAACCAAGAGAUACAGAUACUUCGAAAAAGGACUAACAGCUGCUCCAGAAGGUUAUCAUAGUACUCAUGGUGUUGCAGAAUCCAACCAAGAGACAUCAGAUUUCAAGGAUGAUGAAUUUGUUAUCUACAACACUAACCAGCAAAGAAUGAGGUACCUUGUGGAAUUUAGCCUGGAUGGAGAGUAUGUACGCAAGCGUCAUAUUGAUUUUGCUCUUAUGUCCAACCUUGAACAAGAAGAUGAACCAUUAGCACUGACACAACCUGAUGAAGACAUAGAUCUGUCUGAUGUGACAUCAAUAGUAGACCCUCUGUCUAAAGUAAAGGCAGGUCUUAAGGGCAGUGGUGAUCAACCAGUACCUCUACAAGCUGUCCAUGUUAGAGCAAAACUACUGGAUCUUGUUGCACAGGUGGUUGUAUUACAAUCCUACAAGAACAACAGUACUCUUUCUAUUGAAGCAAAAUAUGUCUUCCCCUUGGACGAUAAGGCUGCAGUAUGCGGUUUUGAGGCCUUUAUUAAUGGUAAACACAUUAUUGGUGAAGUCAAAGAAAAAGAACAGGCCCGCAAGGAAUACCGGGAAGCCAUCAGCCAGGGUCAUGGGGCCUACUUGAUGGACGAAGAAACACCGGACGUGUUUACCGUCAGUGUUGGCAAUCUCCCUCCCAAUGCAAGUGUCCUGAUCAAAAUCACCCACAUAGUAGAGCUGGCCGUGGAGGGUGAAAACGUCUCCUUCAGUCUACCAGGCAGCGUGGCACCAUGGAAACGGAGUCAGGCUCUUGAUAGCAUCACACAGACAGAUGUUCAUACUGUUAGAGUCGAGGAGGAGACGAAUACUACUAUACAGGUUGCCAUAGAGAUGCCAUUUGACAUACGAUCCAUUCAGUCUCCAACACAUCCAAUUAGAAUAAAGCGAACGGCGACCAAAGCUGUCGUUGAACUGGAACCAGGUCACGUGAUGGGCGAUGGUUUUCAACUCAUCAUUGGAUUGGCUGAAAUUCACGUCCCAAGAAUGUGGGUGGAGAGUCACGAGACAAAGCAUGAUAGCGAGGCAGGGAUGUUGGUAUUUUACCCAGAAUUCGACGCAGAAGUACCAGAGGAAGUAGAAGUGUUGUUCUGUCUGGAUGCUUCCUGUUCCAUGAAGGGUUCCAAUCUAAAAGAAGCCAAGAAGAUUCUUCAGAUGUGCAUCAACUUUUUGCCCGACAACUGGCUCUUUAACAUCGUUGUUUUCGGAAGCUAUCAUUCAGAACUGUUCACAAACAGUAAACAGAAAACGUCCUGCACAGUCUCAGUGGCAUCAGACUUCAUUAAGUCUAUCGGUGCACACAAAGGUGGAACCGAAUUAUGGCGUGCUCUGGAGUCAUUGAGUUUAAUCCCUUCCAUGUCAAUCGCUGACCAUCCAAGAAAUGUAUUCAUUAUCUCAGAUGGUCACGUGGCAGAAGAAUCAACGACAUUAGCAUUGGUUAGGCAAGGGAGACUAAGUACUCGUGUGUUCACACUGGGAGUCGGAGCCACUAGUAAUCGUCACAUGCUGCGUGCUUUGGCUCAGGUGGGAGCUGGUGCGAGUGAGUUAUUCAAUUCCAAGACAAAAUCAAAAUGGGAAAGAAAGGUGAAAGCACAACUCUCCAAGGCUGGUCAGCCUGGACUGACGUCAAUAUCGGUUACCUGGCAACAACAUGACAACUACGCCAAACCUCCGAUACAGGCUCCACACGAGAUCGUUUCACUGUUCAGUGGUUCACGCCUUGUCGUGUAUGGCUUGGUGUCCAACUGCACACAGGCGUUUCUUACUGCUGAGGUAAACGGAAGAGAAAUAUCUACUAUGGUAUCGACAUCUGACCUGAGUAUGACCAGGGGCAAGAUUCUGCAUCAGCUUGUUGCACGUGGAUUGAUCAAGGACUGGGAGGAAGGCAACUUAGAUAAAGACCAAAACAAACACGAGGUGGUAAAGAGAGAUAGCAAGGACUACAUCAUAUCAAUUAGCAAAGAGUUCUCCAUUGUCUCGCAGUUUACGAGUUUCAUCGCCAUCGAAAAGAGAGAAAAGGAGGAGAAGUUUGACGAAAGUCUAGGGCCGAGCAUACAAGAUCUUGUGACUGAUGAAGCAGUUGAUAUUAUACCAUAUGUCAGCUGGGAGGAAGAUCACCCUCGAAUGACUGACAAGAAGGAAACUGUAAUGACAACUGACGAUAUGGUGUUGGAUCUUCUCACCAAAGCCAAGAGCAUCGAGAACGUGUCAGUAUUACAGGCUGAGGAUCUUUACAAGAAGGCUUGUGACUUGGUGGCAGAAAACAGACAGCACUGCUCAAGUUUAGUAAGUGCCAAGGCCUUUCUUGAGCUGUCCAACUUCUAUUUGACUAUUUGUCAUGACGAUCAGAAAAGGAUUGCAGUCAUCGAUUUGCUGAGAAUACUUACAAAUAAAGAAGAAAAUGAGUCUGUGCAAGAGGACGUCGUUCAACAGUUGACUAAUAUAUACGGCAUGGAAACAAUACGAGAUAUCUACCAAGUAAGCCCCGAUUUGCCCUUUCAUCCUAAAAGAAGUCUGAUCCUUGAAAUCUUUCCUGAUUCUGAGUACGGAUGGUCAAAGUCGGAAUUGGAUGACUAYGAGUCAUUAACGACAGAAUCCGUAGAAAGCAGCUCUAGUGACACUGAUGCUAGUUGUAAAGGUGAAGAAACCGAUGACUACUGGCUAGCAACCUGUUUAAAGUCMAAAAAAAACCUGAUCCAAGACGAAGUAUACGACUUUUGCGGUAAUUUUUCCGACGAAUCUGACGAAUUCUAUGAUACUGAUGAAAGCUAUGAAGACAUGGAAAGCUAUGAAGCUAUGAAACCCGAAAGAUCAGGGAGAAAUUCUUUUUCCAAACAAUCUUUUGAACAUGCAACAGAGUUACACUUUGAUGGGGCUUUUGAAGACACACUUGCAGAGGAAUUAGGCACAGGCCGUGAGUCCGAGGCCGAAGACGGAAAUGACGAUGGGAUUCGUAGCCUCGAUUUAAUAAAGGCUUCAUCGACUUUAACCCCAGAAGGGAGAAAAGUUCAAACCGCAGACGACGACAUUGCAGCCUUGGUUAUCGACAUUGGUUCUAGUAUGUGCAAAGCUGGUUUUGCAGGAGACGAUGCUCCACGAGCCGUUUUCCCCUCAAUCGUUGCAAGACCUCGCCAUCAAGGCGUAAUGGUUGGUAUGGGUCAAAAGGACUCGUACGUUGGAUAUGAGGCCCUGCAAAGCAAUAGAGGAAAAUUACACGAGGGUAUUGGGCCUGCAGAACCUCAGGAGAAAUUAAUUGCAGAAAUCAAGGCAGUCCCUUCUGCAGCUGUAUUAGACGAAGAGCGAGUCCAGCGCUGUCGUUCUAUUGCCCCGGCAGUCGAAAGUUCUUCAGACAUGGAAUUCGAAACUGAAGAAGAUUUAUGUAUCAAUAGCAUUUCAAGUGUGCGUAGUAGCUCUAGAAAUAUAUAUCACGAUGCUGAGGAAAAAGAAGAGACGGCUGAUUUCCGAAAUACGGUUUCAGGUGAUAUUGCAAUUGAGUCUUCGAAAGAAGGAGCAAGUGCACAAAUGUUUGGAGGGGGUCAGUCAACACCAACAUUGUUUGGAUCAGCUUCAGGUGGUUUUGGGUCUUCAAAAGAAGCAAAAAGUGCACAAAUGUUUGGAGGGGAUCAGUCAACAUCAACAUUGUUUGGAUCAGCUUCAGGUGGUGUUGGUUCUUCAAUAGAAGUAGCAGGUGCACAAAUAUUUGGAGGAGGUGGUUUAAGGUUUGGCAUUGAACAGGAAGAAAAGAAGGCAAAAGGAAUGUUUGAUGAAGCGCCUGAUGAAAGUCAGCAGUCAGCAUUGCUUGGGUCAGCAUCCCGUCGAGGACCAUCUUUGUUGUCAUUGGCAGCAUUAGGAGCAAAGAGAGAGGAUUUUUCAUCCCUUAUUUCCAAACCCUCGUUAUUUGAAAGGACAAAAAGGACACUUUCCUUUCAGCCAUCAAAAGCUUUUGAGAAAAGGGGAAUACUGACUUUCGGCUCAUCAAUGAGACCACAAACGUUGGGCAGAACAUAUUCACCGACUGCAUUUACAUUCAGUUCUCCAGCUGCCUCAUUUUCACAAAUGGCGCCACCUCCCCCUUCUGCUGAUGUUGUAGCUGCUUUUCCUCCUCCACCACCACUACCUUCACGUAAAGCGACAACCUCUCCACCACCAUGUGCGACAAACGCUCCUCCGCCGCCAAUGCUCCGUCAUUCAUUAUCAACUCGAGGUAAGACAGCUGUUCCUGCACCGCCACGUCCCCCUCCAGUUAUGAUAGGUGGUGCUCUUAAACAGCCUAUUCCUAGAGCAGCUUCUCCUAUCUCAUUUCCAUUCGGAAUUCCAGCCGAGUCAUUUUCACAAAUGGCGCCACCUCCCCCUUCUGCUGGUGUGGUAGCUGCUUUUCCUCCUCCACCACCACUACCUUCACGUAAAGCGACAUCACCUCCACCACCUUAUGUGACAAACGCUCCUCCGCCGCCAAUGCUCCGUCAUCCAUUAUCAACUCGAGGUAAGAAAGCUCGUCCUGCUCUUGGAACSUCGCUGCAAAUUGCACCGGAUCAACCUAGAUUUGCAAGGGAAAGGAUUAAUGGACAGCCGACUUCAUUGUUUGAUAAUGCACCAUGUGGUAUUUCACCACCUACCUCGUCAAAUAUCCCAGAACCUGACAGAGUUUUCCAAGAAAAACUUUUUCAAAUGGAAAAAAUAAGAGAGAAACCAAUACCGGUUCCAAGACGAGCACGUUGCAUGGGUUUAAAGUAUAGAGAAAGAGAUAAGGAUACCCAUGCUGAGGAUAUGAAGUCCAUGCUGAUGGAAAUGGACCUAAAGCUCGAUACAGCAUCGUUGAAGGCGGAACAAGAAAAGAACAGGAGAAUGAACAUGUACAGUACACUUGAGGCACUACCUCAUAGAAUUCCCAAAAUUGAACAGGUCUUCAAGCUACAAAAUCCGGAGGGAUAUUGGAGCAUGGAUAAUCCUGUGUUCUGGUCCGUUCACCUGGAUACAAACAAAUGCAUAGCAAUUCUUAAAGAUGCUGGUGCAAUGUCUCUUGGUGUUGAAGUCUUCCAUCAAAUUUUCAGAUUCUUUGCCACCCUGAUGAUGCUGUUUCUUCUAAGAUCCUGCUUUCCCAGCUUGUUUUCGUUCUCUCUCAAUCCGUUUGGGAAGAAAGAGACUGAGGUGGCAGAAGAAUGGAAAGAACAAAUAUCUAAAGCGUUCUGUUGGCUUAAAGCUGUCGACAAGAAAAUCCCAUCACUCUGUUGGCGCUUGGAGCUCGGUAGUGACUGGGAAAUAGCAGCUAACUUGAUGAAUUCUAAGUGUAUUGAUUAUGAUAGUGAUAUCUGAGUAUAGGUACCACCCACGGUAGGUAUUGGGAAAAUGGUAUUGGCAAAGAAGUUAAUGGGCCUUUUUCACGCGGCAACCAUGUUUAAUGCCACGUCAACAAACAAAACGAGUAAAUUUCGUCUGCUCAUGCUCAAAGUCUGUUUGUAAGUCCAAAACGUCUUUGUUUUGUAAAAACAGUAUGCAAAUUUGUGUUUCUGACUGGUCUGCCAAAUGGACUCUGAAAAAUAUAAGCCGUUCCGGAGUUGUAGAAAUGCGUUGCAAUAGUUUGACUGUCUUGAGGAACGUUCCAUCAAUCAGUUGAUAUUUCAUGCAUCAAGAAAUGAAAUGAAAUUUGAAAAGCACAUGAUAAUUAAGGUUCCCUAUUUCUUUUCACUAUCAGAGAGCGCCGCCAUAUAAGUAUUAAACCUUCCCCUGAAACAGCCACAUGGUGCAACGCGUUCUCCAUUUCCAGAAAGGCUAAUACACAGUAAUAUUUCGGUAAACGGCCUUGAAAAACGUCGGUCAAAGAUCUGAAAUCUGAGACCGUGUAAGGCUCUAUAAAGUGUAAUAUAUUUACAGCCGGGCAACGUAGUUUCCUUUUAGAUUGGAAUAUGAAGCAUGACCUUUGAGAUUUUUUUGAAAUGUGAUUUUUCAUAUUUUAGUCAGAAAACGUAAAAGCACAAAAAGUCCGUAAGUUUUAGAUCGCCCAUUUCAGAUCUCCGACCGACAAUAUUUUUUUUU